UCAAUUCCACCUCCACAUAAAGCUACAAAUUAUCGUCCACGAAAUUUUAAAAUUCGCCGAGUUGGAAAAAAUAGAGCCAAUCUUACAUGGAAGGAAGUAACCUCUCCUAGCGCUGAGGUGAUUGGAUAUCUGGUUUACUUCCAAGAAGACCUAUUAAGUUGGAAAUGCUUUGCAAUACGGAAGCCUUACUUCUUCCUUCCAUUUACUAAAACCAUAUUAAAAGGAACAAUCGCCACUAUGUAUGCGCCUCAUAUCGAUAAGACUACCGUUUAUAGUGGAGAUAGAUCAGAACUACUUGCUAUUGAAAAGUCAAACCGAACAAAAGCUCCGCCUCCACAAAAUGUCAAAUUGCAGCAAGUUGGAGACAAUCUGGCACUCCUUUCAUGGGAUGAAGUGACCUCUCCAGGAGAACAAGUGAUUGCAUAUAUGGUUUUAUACAAAGAAGGCAACAAGAAAUGGAACAAGCAUAGAGCAACAGUGCGUGAAUUUGACCUAUUACUUGGGGAUGAAAUGUUAGUGGCACAAGUAGCCGCCAUUCACAAGUGGUUCAAUGCAAAAGCUCCGCCUCCACAAAAUGUCGAAUUGCAGCAAGUUGGAGACAAUCUGGCACGCAUUUCAUGGGACGAAGUAACCGCUACUGGAGUAACUGUGCUUGGAUAUCUCGUUUCUUACAAAGACGGUAACUCGAAAUGGAAAGACCGCAUGUCAAGUGCGGGUGAAUAUGACCUACCAUUUGAGAAUGAAACUUUUGUAGCACAAGUAGCCGCCUUUCAUACAAGCAGCUAUGGUCAAUGGAGCAACAUUUUAGGAGAAAAAUCAAAUUUGAUUGGUAUUCAAAAGGCCCACCUACGUAUGUUCAUAAAUUUAAUCCUGAGAACAUAA